UCCCGUCCCCGUCCGCUCCAGCGACAGCCGCACGUGCGUCAGCCAGACGGGGCUGGGCUUGGGCGACCGGGGGGAAACCCUACUGCUGCGAGCCGCGUGCCGGCCUUGCCGCUGCGAGGUCGUCGUCGCCGCCAGGGGCCGCCUCCGACGACUCCAGCUCCUCCAGGGUCCCGCCGCGAUGAGGGCCUCUCCGCCGUGGUCGUCGACCGCCUCGCGCGCGACGAGGACGCUCGCCGCCUCGGCGUGGCUGAUCGCGCUGCUCGGCUCCGCCGCCCUCGCCACCGCCUCCGACGACGCAGGAUUCUCGCCGCCGCCGACCGCCGUACCCGCGGGUCCGCCGCGCCCGGCACCCCGCGCCGUCGCCGCCGCCCUGCCCGCGCCCGUGCCCCUGCCCCGGAAGAUCCUCCGCCCGCCAGGCGUGGACGGCGCGGCGGGCAACGUCACCGGCGGCGGCGGAGCAGGGGCGGGCGGGCCGGUGCGGCCGAGCCGGAUGGACGAGGGGUGCGCGGGCGCGGAGGACAUCGAGAUCUACCAGGGCCAGGCGUCGCCGCUGCCGAGCGGGGUGCCGGCGUACAAGGUGGACGUGGUGAACCGGUGCCUGGGCGGCGAGCUCGACGGCGGCGAGUGCGCGAUCGCGGGCAUCCACGUGCGGUGCGGGUGGUUCAGCUCGGUGAGCCUGGUGGACCCGCGCAGGUUCCGGCGCCUGGGGCACGACGACUGCCUCCUCAACGACGGGCGGCCGCUGCUCGGCGGCGAGACCGUCUCCUUCGAGUACGCCAACUCGUUCAAGUACGACCUCUCCGUCCGCGUCGCCACCUGCGUCGACCCCACCGCUUCCCCGUAGCCGCCGGCGGCCGCGAGCUCCGAUCCACCCGUCCCACGACACGUAUACACUCUAUACCACCACACUAGUCUAGCAGCAGCACGAUACAGGUAGCAGCAUCGAUCAGUCAUCACACUAGUCAGUCAGUCAGCCAGUAGCAGCAGCAGCACACCGCAGGGAAUUCUUGGUUCUUUGCUUCGCAUGGGUAUGCAGUCAGUUAAGUGUAAGUAGCUGGUUGUUGAGGGUGAUUUUGUUAGCUUGUUCUUGUUGGAUCGCGCCUGCGAGCGAGCUGAGAGGAACGCUGCGUUUUUGUUCUUGUUCAUGCCAGAGGUCCAAGAUCACGUGUACUGUACAUGACACGCUCGCAUGGAGCGGUGCAAACGGCAAAGGACCCCCCCGGAGGAAAU